GGUGGCCUGGUGGCUACUCCAUCCAUAAUAAUGACAGCUUAAAUGCAAGACAGCGUCCAUUCGGUGUAGAUGCUAUCUAUCGAAAAAGAGAUUGCUUUUUCAGUGCGCUUUGGCAGUGUGGAUGCUCUCUUUUGGAAGAAGUUUUUUCAGAAGAUCUCUUCUGGAAAAGCUUUCUUACGAAAGAAGCCUGCAGUCUAGACGUAGUCUUAGAGAAAACAGAAUGAGAACAGACAAACAGAAUGAGACAAGAAAGCCGAGCUGUAGCUUGUAUACACAAUAACCUGGGGAGAGUUGGAUAGAGCGCUAUGGGUCUGAUAUCGGCAACAGAGGCUUAAGGUUUGUGAGCUAAGAAGCUGCUGCUUUUGUUCUUGGCUCCCCCUGCAUUCUGAGGAGCAGGAUUUUAUAAAGGAUUUUGCAUCCUUGUAAAUAAGAUUUUGUGAAAGAAAAUACCAUAUGCCUUCAGUUUCUACUUCUAUCUGGAGCAUAAUUACCUAGCAGAAUUUCGAGUAGCUGCUUCUUUGGGUCAAAAAGGGGCAACGCUAUUAAGUAGCUAGAGGACUUCAAUCUUCAGGACUGUAAAUCCAGCACUACUUCUCAUAAGCACUGAGUUUCCUAAGAAUUAAAAUCACUGAUUUGCUUUUCAUAUGUAUCUUGUCUGUGGUGAUUUGGAUUCAUUUGGAUGUUGCAUGAGUAAGUACUGCAGAAAAUGACUUUUGGUUCCAUUAUUGAUGUCUUACCUGUAUUGUUUCUCUCACCAGUGCUAUUAAUAACAAUCCUUGUAGUGGAAGGGAUUGCUGUGGCACAGAAGACACAAGGUGGGCAGAAUAUUGGAGUGAACCAUAUACCAUCUACCCAGUGUGACAACUGGGUUCGGACAAGCAAUGGAGGUCAUUUUGCUUCACCAAACUAUCCUAGCUUGUACCCACCAAACCAAGAGUGUAUCUACAUUUUAGAAGCUGCUCCACGCCAAAGAAUUGAGUUGACCUUUGAUGAACCUUAUUACAUAGAACCCUCAUUUGAAUGUCGAUUUGAUCAUCUUGAAGUUCGAGAUGGGCCUUUUGGUUUUUCUCCUCUCAUCGAUCGCUACUGUGGUCUGAAAAGUCCUGCACUAAUUAGAUCAACAGGGAGGUUUAUGUGGAUAAAGUUUACUUCAGAUGAGGAGCUAGAAGGAGAGGGAUUUCAAGCAAAAUACUCAUUUAUACCAGAUCCAGACUUCACUUACCUAGGAGGUAUUUUAAAUCCCAUCCCAGAUUGCCAGUUUGAGCUUUCAGGAGCUGAUGGAAUAGUACGGUCCAGUCAAGUAGAACAAGAAGAGAAAACAAAACCUGGACAAGCAAUUGACUGCAUAUGGACCAUUAAGGCUACUCCAAAUGCUAAGAUUUAUUUGAGAUUCCUGGACUACCAAAUGGAGCACUCAAAUGAAUGCAAGAGAAACUUUGUAGCUGUGUAUGAUGGAAGCAGUUCCAUUGAAAACCUGAAGGCAAAGUUUUGCAGCACAGUAGCAAAUGAUGUGAUGCUGCGGACUGGAACAGGAGUUAUACGGAUGUGGGCAGAUGAGGGUAGCAGACUCAGCAGAUUCAGAAUGUUGUUCACUUCAUUUGUUGAUCCUCCAUGCUCAGGCAGCACUUACUUUUGCCAUAGCAACAUGUGCAUCAAUAAUUCUUUGGUCUGCAAUGGCAUUCAAAACUGUGCAUACCCUUGGGAUGAAAAUCACUGCAAAGAGAAGAGAAAAACUGGACUGUUUGAACAAAUCACCAAAACUCAUGGAACCAUCAUCGGAAUUACUUCAGGGAUAGUUUUGGUUCUUCUCAUAAUUUCAAUUCUGGUGCAAGUAAAGCAGCCUCGCAAAAAGGUUAUGGCUUGCAAAACUGCUUUUAAUAAAACUGGCUUCCAAGAAGUAUUUGAUCCUCCACAUUAUGAACUGUUCUCCUUAAGGGAUAAAGAGAUUUCUACAGACUUGGCUGACUUAUCUGAAGAACUUGAGAACUAUCAGAAAAUGAGACGUUCCUCUACUGCUUCAAGAUGUAUUCAUGACCAUCACUGUGGCUCUCAAGCCUCCUGUAUAAAACAAAGCAGGACCAACCUCAGUUCCAUGGAACUUCCUUUCCGCAAUGAUUUUGCACAGCCUCAGCCGAUGAAAACAUUUAAUAGCACCUUCAAGAAAAGUAGUUACACAUUUAAACAGGCCCAUGACUGCCCUGAGCAGGUAAUAGAAGACAGGGUGAUGGAGGAGAUUCCUUGUGAAAUUUAUGUGAGAGGACGAGAGGAUACUGCACAAGGCUCAUUAUCCAUUGACUUUUAGUCUCCUGCUAAAGGUGAAAUUGGUAUGUGUAUAUCUGACACACAAUGUGUAUAUAUAAAAAUAUACCAUAUGUAGUGUGUAUAGGUAUACACACUUUUUAGCUUACUGUAUCCAGUUCAUUUUUUAAAAGAAAAAUCUUCAUAACCAAUAACCGUUGCAAUGGCCACUUUGGUUGAACAACAAGCCAGAAGGUUUUGCAUGGAACUAUUAAAAAUAUUUUUUCUAAAUCUAAAAAUGACUAGAUUUUUCUUCCCUCCCUUUAGAAUUAUUUUUCCUUUCACUUUCUUAAAUAGUUUUCAGACCAAUAGUUUUAAUGAGCUUACAUAUUUUGACACAGAUGUCUUAUCAUACUUAUCAAAUUGCAGCUAGAGUUACUAUGGCAAGUGCCAAUUAAGACAAGUUAUGCUGCAUCCAUCUGUUGCAUCUUGACUAGUUUUUAUAUUACUGCCUUUUAAUUAUUGGCUCCCUUAUACAGUGUUCUGUGAGAAAUAAGUGAAAUAGUCUAUUGUCUUUUAAUAGUUAGUGUUUUAUCUUAGCUAUAUUCAUUUUAACAUUUUUUGGAAUACAGCCAGUCCCCAAGUUACGAACGCAUCAACUUACGACCGUUCGUAGUUACGACCAACUCCCAUUAAGCGCAUUACAGCCAGUCCCAGAGUUACGAAUGCGAUCCACGCUUACAAACAGCGUGGCCGUCUUUAAAUGAAUGGGGUCCGACUUACGAACAGAUCGAAUUACGACCAAGUGUUUGGUAUGUAACUCAUUCGUAAGUUGGGAACCGGCUGUGUAUCGUCUUUUCAACUUGUGGAUAAAAUUUAAGUAAUUCACAAGUAUGUCUUUCGAUUUUUAGACACUGACUUUACACAAUGGCUUCUUUCAGGAAGAUGUCAGUUUUCAAAAGUAUAGGGUGGGCCAAAUUCUGACAUGUUACAGCCAUGCAAUUCCAUUGAUUUCAUAGAUCUGUAAUUAAACCUCUGGGUUUUUUUCCUACUACUUGCAUAAAGAAACUCCAUUGAGUGUUUUGUACAUUUGUCUCCUGUAGUGAUCCUAAUCCUGUAUUCCCCCUGUUGAAAUCCAUGAUUGAUAGUAUCAGUUGGUAUCUUAAUUGCAUGAAAAGUACAGAAUGAAACCUGCUAUAUGUUACACUUUGAGAUCUAUGUGAUAACUAAGGUGUAUGAAAAGGCCCUGGGGACAAAGAGAAAUCUGAAAAUAACUGAAAGAGCCUUUUAAGGCUUCUUACUUAAGGCUUCUUACUUGAGACUAUCACAUUUUUCUAGCACUUAUUUCCAUGCUGCAAAAUUGCCUACUUCAAAACUUUUUUUUAAACUGCAGGUUAGAACUCGUUUUGUUUUUUCAGCACAAGACAGCUUGUAAAAUAACAGUUCUCAUGGGUUUUUUUAGACUUUUGAUAUAAUUUGAUACUAUACAAACUGUUUAUUAAAUCAAGAUGCAACGCCUGUACAGUGAGCCUCUUUCAGUGUCCCCAUUAGCAGCACUGAAUAACAACAGUCAGUGAGUGGUGUGCACAUUGUAACUUGUAAAGAAUACUUAAUGACAUGCAUUAGCCAUUUUAAUCCAUGAUUUGUUUGGGUUUACUUUUUGUUUUUGUUUGUUUACAGGAACUGUUACUAUUUCACUAAAUGUGACCUUACAACUCUGUUACUGGACAUAUCCUGUAUUAAGAAAUGUACAUAAAGACAAAUUAUCAUAAGUUUUUUUUUUGUUGUGCUGACUGCAAUCUGCAAUGAAAUUUAAUUCAGUUACUGGAGGUUUCUGCACUACAAGGACAUAUCAGUUGCUGGGAAUGUAUGUAAAACAGACUUUUUCCUUUUUAAGAUUAAAACAAACUGCAAUUGUAAUUGCUGGCUUCCGGUAAGGGUAAGUGAGAAGCAAAAUGCUACUAUCGUGCUUAGAGCAUAAUGUGUAAAGUAUACAAAAGAAUUGUGUGGCUUCAGCUCCCAUUGACUGCAGAGAUUAAAGGGCAUUUGGCCCUUUGAAAGAACUUGCUGAGCAGUUUGCAGCAGCAGACUUUUAAGGUCCUAUCCCAUCAUUAGUUAAAUAAAUUUGUGCCAAAACCCUUUUUCUCCCCCAAAAAAACCCAAUUCUCACUGAAAUUUUUUGAAGAUAUUUUUCUGAGCUUUUUCAUAAAAUCCAACAAAAUUAUUAACUGGCUUCUCCAUUUUCUGCAGUAAGAAAUACUUUGCAAUGGUCAAUGGCAUGAUAGGGCCAUUUGGGAACCAAACCAUCACCAAGCAGUCUGAUUUUUAAAUGAGAAUUAAUGACAUGACUAAGGAUUAUUUAUGUAAACAAGGGUUGCAGCAGCAUGUCAAAUUAUUUUGGCUAUAUGUGAACGUCUCCCCUAUAGGCUGAUGGCUUUGUACCACUCUGACAGCAGAGACUAGUUGUGAAGACAUCCCAAAAUACCCAUCUGGAGGAGAAGUGACUUCUCCUAAAGGUCAUCCUGAAGUGCAUGAAUGUCUUUCCAUUUCCAGACCCUUAUGCCUAUGAGCAUCCUGCUGUAACUUUCCAAACAAAAAAUGAACUGGGUCCUGAAGCAGGGAGCUGCAAAGGUGACAAAGUCACAUUAUUCCCCUAUUCAUCCCCAUUUCUGAUUCAAAACAGCACAACAAAACAAUAGAAUCUGGGCCUUAGAGUGUCUCCAGCUUUCCUCUAGAGUUAAUGGAGAAUCUACCCCUGAUUCCAGUGGAAGCGGGAUCAAACCAUAAUGUGGUGAUAACAACAGUACUGUCUUUUAAUCCUGAUAGGGUACAAUUUGAUGGUGGGGAAUAAAACUAUUAUUUCUGUCCCCUUAUUGCAAUGGAGGUUUAUUUUGUUAGGAACACUAAUUCUCUGUUUGGCUUGUUACAAGUAGGUUGAAGUUGAUACUGAACCCAAGAAUGAGAACAUUGGUUAGAAAUGGUAUUUGUCAAGCUAUCAAAGCAAUGCAAUGCAAUUGGGCUUAAUUUACUUAACAUAGACUGACAGUAAAUGAAAGUGUGCAGAUAUUCAUUGAAAUGUUAUCUCUAUGAUUUUCAGCUGUCUUAAGAAAAUAACAGUAUUUAUAUCAUCCUGAAUUCAAUUUCUCAUGAAACAAAACACUAGCACUAAAGAAAAAUGUUAAGUGCAGAGAUUGGGUGGUAUCCUUCAGAAUGCUGAGAACAGCCCUUGGAAAAGAGAAUCCACCUUCUUGGGUUAAGAUUUUAGACUUAGAGGUAGUUAACAAUAAGCAUUUCAGAAGCUGCUUUUGGCUUUAGUAGAAAAGCAACUUUCUGGGUGUUUAAGAGCUCUAAGAUCCCAUAAUUACUAUUCUCACCCUCUCUCCUCUUUACCUGUGCCUGCACUAUUUUUUUUUCUCCUCCGUAUGUGUGUCAUGUACAAACAGGGUCAUCAUUUGGCCAAAUACGAAUGUUUCUCCAGACAUUCAGCAGUCAUCCACUGAAAGGGGUACAGGGAAGUGUAUAGCUAUGAUUCAUCAUGACACUGAUGCUGAAGUGCCACAGGAUUAACUCCAAUUUGACACAGAGAUUGGCUCUUAAAUGCUGCAGCAUUUCCAGGACCACAGAAAUCUUAAUUAGUACAAGGUAAAAGUGUGAGUCAUUCUUUACAAUAUGAAGACCACAUUCUUCCUGUAUACUAAGUACAAGGGACCAGUAUCCAUAUUGUCAAAUGCCUUCAACACACUCCAAACCAAAAGUGAUGGAAAAACUAUCAUUUGCAUACAAAAAUAUUCUUUAACAACAUUCAUGCCAAAAUUCACAUCAUUCCUAUGUGCUGAAAAGCACAUUUUAUCCAUCUGGACAGUUAAGAGAGUCCCCUCUAUAUAUCAGCAGUACAGCUUCUGUUCACUCAAGGAAAAGACACUGUAUUCUAAAACACAUUUAUUCUUUUAAGUCAUACAUUGUGUCACUGAUGGAUUGCUCAACUUUCCUAUUUAGAUAAAGUGCUAUGACACAUACAUUCUCUAAUGAUUAUAUGUUCCACAAACAUCCAAGUAGUGAUUCUUCCUGGUACCUGACAAGCCAGAACAAAGUUGGGACUAGAGCAGUGUGAAAUUCAGACUUCAGUUCAGAAGGCCUCAAGCAAAUAUUUUAUUCAACUUUGAUCCUCCUUUAUUUUCAACCCUACUUAUCAGAUUCAGAUGCACUCAAGCCAAAAUUUAGACAAAGACACUUUCGCUCAUAUGGUUUUGACACACAUCCAUGCGUCAGCAAAUGAAACCAUGCUUUUGCCAAAUAAAAGUUUCCAGUCUCUAAUAAACUCUACACAAGUUUUACAUGUUCUAAAUGUGACCCGUUGGAACAGUUAAGUAAUUUACAUAUUUUAAUACUAUAUACAUGUAUCUAUAAAAAACUCUCAUCUGUCUAUUCCUACUUUGAAUGUGAUUAUUUGUCAUCAGUUUGUGAGCUUGUAAUACAGAGAGAGAGAGAGCUACAA